CAUUGACUCGGACCAUCGGACAGGCUUCUUCUUCAUCCGCUUUCUCUUUGUCUGUCUCCCUGGCUCCUAGGUUUGCCACACUGUCACAAUGCCUGUGGAUUGGAAGCGUUACGAAAAUGAUAUCAUCGAUCAAUACGUAAAUCGGGGAAAGAACAUCGAGCAAACUCUCGAAUACCUCCGGCAGACUUAUGGUGUUGAUGCUACCGUCAGGCAGUUCAAAUCCAAGUUUGGAGGCCUGAAAAAGAUACGCGCCGAUGAAUGGAAGGCGAUUUUUUCCGAGAUUCGACGGCGUGAGGCCCAGGGAAUCAAAUCUGAUGUGUAUCUCUUUGGUCGAAAGCUGUCACUUGAGCGCAUUGCAAGAGAGAAGCGUCGAUAUUUCAGGGAUUGCACAGUCCAGAAGUCCCAUGAGAUAGACUUGGGGAUCGGUACCACCGGCAUACAUCGUUUAGAAAUCCGCAAUCCACCCACAACGAACCUUGAUUUGGUCCAACAGGACGGUUCUCAUGCGCAUCAUGAACCUACGGCGGGCAUCGAGCUUCGAGGAGUUCAAGAUGCAGAACUAGAGAAAGAACCAACAGCUGAAAGUCUUUGUCCAGAUCCCGCGACUCAGUGGGACCUUGCAGAUAUCGAUCUAAGCACUCCUCGACUGGAUGAUCACACUGCACCUUUUGAUCUUGGAUCUCCCGACAACCUUGAGACGAGUAUUACCAGGUCUAGGAUGUCGCCGAGUCGGCGCUGCAGGGCUGCCACGGAACUGCAAUUCGGCAAUGAGCUUGGCCUCUCAGAACAACACCGAACCUUUAGCCCUGCCGAAUCAUUCCCCUUAUUUCCCUAUCCUGGAAAUUCGACUAGGGUCGUAGGGUGGGUGGGGCAGCCCUUUCGCCUCUUCUGGGACACGACAGAAAUCACUUCUCUCAUACCAAGCAUCAUUGAGCCAAUCGACCUCACUACGGAUGAACUGAGCGUUGCGAAAUGGAGCGAAAUGCCUCCACGUGUGCCAUGGGGUAUGCCCGGGUAUCUCUUGUCGCACUUGAUGACUGUGGACCCAAAGUUAAAGGUCUUGGAACCUGCGGCAAGAUUCAUCGAAGAGAUUAUUAAGAACACCGUCUCCGGUACCGAUAAAAUCUUUGGCUAUCCACACCUUGAUGUAAGCCAGCUGCAACUUAACCAGAUAUUCUCACUCAUCGCAUAUCUCAUAUCCAACAACCUACUCCACCAAAAUGAGACUCAAGCCUUAUUUCAAUGGGCAAUGAACAAAGGAUUUGGUGGCCAGCUCAGCGCGUUUGGCCAAACAAACUCGGAGCACGUCCGAUCUUACGCAGCGAAAGCUCUACAAACGUGCCAUGCAAGUGGGCAAGACUCUGAACUCUUCUCGGAGAAUCUCCUCGACAUGGUUCGCCAUGUCCUUACCGCAAAGGACCGUAGCUUGUCGCCUCAUCUCUGCUCGCGACUGUUGAGACAGGCCGUUGACUCCGACAACUUGGAACAAGUCAGGUUCUUGGUGUCCAAUGGUGCGGAUGUCAACUGUGUGCAUGAGGACUUCGAGUACAAUGACGUACCCGAGUACGAUACAUUGAGUCACGCUGUUCACUUCGGUUCUCCCGAGAUGUUGAAAUUUUUCAUCAAAUCCGGUGCUAUUGUAACGCCAAAGGCCCUCACUGUUGCGAUGAAACGCGAGAGAAUUGAUAUGGCAGAUAUCUUGUUGCAAGAGGAAGCAAAGAUCAAAACCCUGACAAGCGAAGACUACGGGUUUCUUGCCGAUGCCAGAAAGAAAUCACCAUACGUAUACCAGGCGCUGAGAGAAAGAAGUGGAAAGCAAAAAAUCUUUGAAAUGUUUGAUUUGGUUCAAGCGGCAGAACAGGGGAACGUGAUACUUUCCAAGCUCAUACUUGAGAAAGGCAUUCGUGAAGCGGAACUGGAGGAAGGUUUGUGUGAGGCUAUCAAGCAUGGCAAACAGGCAGCUGUUAUGACAUUCAUCAAUCGAGGAGUAGAUCCCAACGCUCAACGAUCUCGGCGAAUGGGCAAUUGUGGCGGGAACUCGGACGAAGCUGAAGAAUGCUGCCCUAUGCUGGUGGCGAUUGAAAAUCGUCACAUGGAUAGUAUCUAUCUCCUCAUCAAAGCCGGUGCAAAGGUGAAUGAUGAGUUGCUCAUGCGCAUCUGUCACUUGGCUUAUGGUGACCAAGCUGAUGAUUUCUUCUUUAUGCUACUCCAAAGGGGCUAUGAUGUAGCGCUGAUUGGACCAUGCGCGUUGGAACGCUUUGCAUCGCAAGGAGAGAUAUAUAGGUGCGGAAUUUAUCUCGACGCGGGGGCCCCGAUAAAUGAGUACGGUUGUGGAGGGAAAAACGCCUUACAAGUUGCGGCGAAAAAGGGACACCUGGCACUGAUCCAAUAUCUUGUUGACCAUGGAGCAGACGUGAAUUUUCCCGCGAGUGAAAAUUGGGGAGAAACAGCACUUCAAGCUGCAGUCAGCGAAGGCUCGUUGGAGGUUGUCGAGUGGAUCAUUGAAGCGGGCGCCAACGUCAAAGCAGCUCCUGCAACCCAUCACGGAGUCACAGCGCUCGAAGCGGUAGCAGAAAAUGAGCGAGGAAUGCUGUCGCUGCGAAUAUUCAAGCAUUUGCUUGCACUUGGAGCCACAAUCAACCGUCCCGACGGCGCGAGCAGUACUGUUUUGCACCGUCUUAUCCGUUAUGGCCAAGUUGAGUGCCUCGAAGUGGCGCUUGAAGCUGGUGCGCGGAUGGAGGACCGAGAGUCUGCUGAUAGACCGAUGACACCGCUUCAACUUGCCGCAGACAGGAGCGAUGCACAGGCUAUUAUGCUUCUUGUCAGCUAUGGUGCCGAUAUCAACGUUCCCGCUGGCGACAUUCGUGGCCGCACUGCCUUGCAAGCUGCAGCCGAUCCAGGCGCAAUUUCUUUCGUUCAACGAAAUCAAGCUAAUACUACCGCCAAGUCGAAUCUUGAAAUUGUCGAAUAUCUCCUGCUGAACCACGCAGAUGUCAAUGCAGCCGCGGGAAAAGAAUUCGGUCGUACCGCCUUACAGGCAGCAACAUCCUCAAACUUCCCUGAUCUAAGAAUUGUUGCUCUCCUUUUAGAUCACGGCGCAGAUGUCAACGCUGCCCCUGCGAGAAGGGGGGGAGUGUCUGCUCUUCAAGGAGCUGCCAUCAAGGGAGACUUGCAGAUUGCAAGACUUUUGUUGAAACACCACGCCGAUGUAAAUGCAGCUGCAGCUCCCGAGGAAGGCCGCACGGCUGUGGAAGGUGCUGCUGAACAUGGGAGGAUGGACAUGGUGCGGCUGCUUCUCAAUGCUGGUGCAAGGCCUGAUCCAGUCAGCGGGUUUUCGAGAGCGGUUGAACUGGCUGACCAGAACGAUCACUAUGUUAUUGGGGAUUUAUUGAAAGCUGUUGAACAGACUUUUCUGGCCACCGGGUGGAGUAACUUGUUGGAAGCGAGUUCCUGGCCACUGUUGCCAGAUCAGGGGAUGAUCAUGCCUGAAGAGGAAGGGGAAUAUGACAUAUGAGUGGAGGAGAAUUUCCAUGAUUUUUGUUUUUUGUUACGUCUCUAUGGGGUAGUCGAAAAACUUGUUUGUUGAUGAAAGGGUGCAGCAAUGGGG